AUGGGUGUGGGAAAGAGUUCGAAGGCUGAAAAGAUUGGCGGCGUGUCAUUGGCGAUUGAUUAUGAUGUCUUUCUAAAUUUCAGAGGGCCAGACACUCGCCAAGGAUUAGUGGAUUGCCUUUACCACGAUCUGCUAGAAGCGGAGAUCCGUGUUUUCUUCGAUGAGGAAGAGCUCCAUGUCGGUCAAGAAAUAGGCGAUGGGCUGCGGAUUGCCAUUGAAAGAUCGAAGAUCUACGUACCCAUCUUAUCUAAAGGUUAUGCUUCUAGCCCUUGGUGCCUUCGCGAGCUUGAGCACAUGGUGGAGUGCAAGAAAUUCAAACCAUCCGAGAAAGAGAUUUUGCCGAUUUUCUAUGACGUGGAACCUCGCGAUGUUAAGCUUCAAUCUCAACUAUACAUCGGGGCUUUGGCAAAGCAUGAGGAGGAAUUCGGCAGCCACGCUACCCGAUCGUGGGAGGAUGCCCUCAGAAGUGUUGCCCAAAUCAAAGGAUGGGAGUUGAAAAACCAAGGGCACUGGAAGUUCAUUAAAUUGGUGACUCGAGAGAUUUUGAUGAAGCUGAAGGUACAAGACAAAUACAUCGUCGAGAGAUGA